AUGAACGCCCACGCUCUUCUCACCUCUCAGGGUUGGCGCGGAACCGGUCACUCUCUCCACCACAGCUCCGACACCAUUGGACUCUCGCGACCAUUGCUCGUUUCGAAAAAAGACAAUCUUUUGGGAGUGGGGAAGAAAAUGCACAAGACGGCUGAUAUGUGGUGGUUGAAUGCUUUUGAUGCUUCGCUAAAGGGAUUGGAUACGAGUAAGGAGGGGCAGGUUAAGGUUCAGGAGGGAGGGGGUUUGGAAAUGGUGGUCAAGGGUGGAAGUAAAUGGGUUGGAGGGAAGGGAGGGUUGUAUAGCUUUUUUGUGAGGGGGGAGACGGUUGGGGGGACGAUGGAGGACAAAGAGAAGGAGAAGAAGGCUAUGGAGGUAAUUGUCAAGGAAGAGAAAAGCGGAAAGGGAAAGGAGAAGAAGAGGAAGGGAGAAGAAAGAAAAGAAAGUAAGGAAGAAAGGAGGGCAAGGAAGGAGAAAAAGAGGGCCGAACGAGCGAGGAAAUCCGCCGCUAAAGAAGCCAAAAAGAUAAAGGGAGGAAAGGAGGCCAAAACACCAAGCGCCAGUUCGACAGACUCGGAGAAGACAGAAACCAAGGAGGAACGACGAGAACGAAAGGAGCAAAAGCGACAAAAGAAACUGUUACGACAAUCAGAGAAGGAAUCAUCAGAUACAUCAUCAACGUCAGAAAGCGCUAAGAAGAAGAAAUCGCGGAAGAACAAAUAG